AUGCUGCCCAUGCCCCUAGCCCCAGCGAUCAUAGAAAGGGUUGUUGGGGUCGAUGAGAGUGCUCCGCCGGGGUCCCCGGCUGGGCUGUCGACCAUGCUGGUGUCAUCAGUACCAGAGCUGGUGAUCGAACUCUUCGAUGAGGAUGAGCCAGAAAGCUCGACUCCAUCGGUGGGUGGCUCCUCUGCUACCUCGGUCAUUUUGACUACCCCCGCCGCCUCCGCCACCCUCGACAUCCUUGGCCCCUUUGCCCCUUGUGCUGCUGGCUCACCGGACAUGAGCCGUGAUGAGGAGAUCACGAGGAAGCUCUUUGUCGAGCUGAAUCAUGAGGCCAUCGGCAUCCUAGGAGAUGGCGGCCUGGUGAUCCUCAGCAGCGACAGUGAGGAAGAGGUCACCGAGGAGGAGGAGGCCGACGAGGAGGAGGACGAGCCCACGGGCAGUGGGUCAUCGUCGAAGAGCUAG